CCGUAUUUGGCGAGGGACGAAAGAGAAGGACCGCCUCGGUCGGUGCCAUUGGCCGGGAACAUGGCGGUGAACAGGAACCACUCGCUCGGCGGCGGGGUUAUCCCGCCCCACGGGGAAAGUAUUCUCAAGCACUGUAAAGAUGUGGAGCUGACUUUCUCUGAGGUAACUGGCAAUCCAGAGAUUUUCAAAGGCACCAAGAAAGGAAUGGUUUUUCUCACUCCAUUUCGGGUUAUUUUUGUGUCAAAAAACAAAGACCCAAUGAUGUCCUUCAUGAUGCCAUUCCACUUGGUGAAGGGAUGCUCCAUUGAACAGCCAGUAUUUUCUGCCAAUUAUAUCAAGGGAGUAAUACAAGCAGAACCAGGAGGUGGCUGGGAAGGUCAGGCUUCAUUUAAAAUGAGCUUCUUCAGUGGAGGUGCCAUAGAGUUUGGACAAAUGAUGUUCAAGCUUGCAAGUGAUGCCUCUAGGGGAGUCCCAGUUCAGAGUUUCGGCUAUGGGUAUGCACCACCACCUUUUCCUGGUGCUUAUGUACCUCCACCGGGGAGCUACGUUGUGUCACAGCCAGCUUCUGGAGCAUAUAUUUAUAUGCCUGCACAAAUGAAUGGGUAUGGAGUUGCUCCACAGCCUAUGGGAUAUCCAUAUGCACUUCCUCCAGGUGUGUAUCCACCACCUCCUGGGAUGAACUCUAUGUACAUGGCACCUCCUCCCCCAUAUCCUGGCCCUUCUGCUGCCGGACCUUCAGCUCCCACUGAACCAGGACCUUUAGCUCCUAGGACCUGGACAGAACCCGGAAUGUCAGGUGCCAAUAAAGCAGCAGAGGCAACUUCCAGUGCUUAUUAUAACCCAGCCAAUCCUCAUAAUGUUUACAUGCCUAUGGAUCAACCACCUCCUUAUGCACCACCUGAGGAAAAGAAGAACAACUAACAGGAGCCCAAGCACCACCUUCUCAUGUUUCUUGACUUUGAAGACUUUGCCAUUGCUGCUGCCUCUUGCUUUUUUUUAUCUCUAGGCCAUCCUGUGUCGGUAGCAUGCAUAGUAUUGGACGAUGUUACACCUGCUGUUAAACUUUCAGCAUGGCAAUACAAAAGAGCGGUGACAGCAGUACUUUCCUAACUAAGUGCUUUUUGUCCUGAGGCUAGAAUAGGACUGCCGUGACUGUUUUAGUCCUUAAUUUGGAGGGAAAGGUGAGCUAUAAAAUACAUAUAAAGCAACUUCACUUAUGCAGGGAUGAAAUAUUCAAACUUUAUGUAUAAACAAAACACUUUAGUAAUGUGACACAGAUAUUCAUGAAGGAGCAUUCUGUUUUUCUGCAUAUCUGUUUAAUACCAUUGGUAUCUGCGUGGUAUUUUCACUCCAUGCAGAUUAAUGCAUAACAGGGAAUUUUCAGACACCUCUAUCUCUAGAAUUGAAAAAAGCUUUCCACUGAUUUCUAGAAAUUGACAGCUAAAGAGGAAGGGAUGACAGGAAGGAGAUACAAAAGAUUAAUCAAUUCCUACCUUUUCUUCUCAGUAAUUGUUGCUGCCUUCUGGUUUUUAGAUAUCGUGCCACAUACAGCUGUGCUGUAAAGAUUUAUCUCCACUUUCUGUAGCAUCACUACUUUAUCCUUCUGGAAGGAUGCCAGGUAGAGAUAGUCUCGCUGUAUGUGCAUCUGAAGAACUGCACAGCAGGUUUCUCUGCUUUCAAUUUGGCUGCAGGACCUGUGUCUUUAAAAUGUCUUCUGUCUGGUGUAAGAGUAGGGCAGUGAGUCUUAUUCAAAUUAGCCCAGAGUAUCUGUCUGCCCUGACCAUACAGCAGAAAGGAAACUAGAGUUGAAACCAUUUAUGUGAACUGGAACCAAAGAUAUGGCUUUAUAGCUAGCUGGAUUCAAGAGGACUAAAAUAAAAUAUAAUUAAGCAAACAGUGUAAUAAUAUCUGGUCCAGAAGUAAGAGCAAUAAACAGGCAUUCAUUAUUCUAGGAACAGGACUCAAAAUCUUUGAUCUCCUGGAAAUCAGUUCAUUUCUAACUAGUAGCAGCUAUAUAACACAGAAUAUUGUAUCUAAAAGGAAAAUACUUUUUUCUGCUACAGAAAAUGGGAAUGAACAACUACAUUAGUAAAGUCCUGACAUGAAUAUUGAAGCAAUUUCUCUCUGUUAGGCUUCUGUACAGAUUUAGCCGAACUACACCAUUGAGAGAAAGCAUUAGACCAGGGAUAGUGAGGUAGCAAAAAUAUUAAAACUCCAUACAUGAAUAAGAAACCAUGUUUGAUAAGAUUUCUGCAAUUAAAUAGUAUUGGAAGAGAUGGCUUGAAUUUGAAUUUGAAAUAGAGAAAACUAAAAAUAGGUUUUGUCCAUGAGCUACAAAGAAGCAACCAAUAUUCUGGGUUGUUUUAAGCAUUUAAUAAUGACUUUUCAUAUGUAUAUUCCUCUUAUAUUUGUUCUUAAAAGAACUAUUGUUCCACUAAUAUAGUGGAGAAUACAAUUUGCAUUUAGGAAAUCCGUUCUUCCCUCCUUGAUGCUAGGGCUGUACUUCACAAAGAAAAACUCAAGACAUACUGGUAUGUGUCAUGGAUACUUGUCUAUUUUCCCUUUAGUAAUUGAACUUAUUACUCGGUAAAAAAUAUGAAAUAAACUUUUUUCUAAUAAAUGCUUUCAUUCUGAACACAAAGGCAUAAAUGUUUUCCAUAACUAAAGUUAACUCUGUUUAUAUUAUUUUUGAAUUGCACUUUAAUACAGAAAUAUUGAAACCUU